CCCAUGUCCCUGGCUGUAGCGGAGCCGGCGAGAGCGGAGUGACAGAGCUGCUGCUGGAAGUCUGAGCGAUUCCGUGCGUGUGUGUAGCGGGCUGAGCGCUUUGUGCAGCCGGGAGGCGCUGUCAGUGCGCAGAUGUUGCUGUGACGGUUUGACAACUGUUGAGUUCUCCUGCCCAUGCGUGCCACUACCCAAGUAUGCAGGCAUCACAACUGCUUGUAGCGUGCUUCUUCCUGAUCAUCAUGCUGCUCAGAAGCAGAACAUUCGCCAAAAAUGUCAACUACGACCACAUCAGACAUCGUUCAGAUCCCACACCGUUCCCUAAUAGCUUCAAGUGUUUUACCUGCGACAAAGCUAAAGAUAAUUACCUCUGCAACCGCUGGGCAGAAGACAAAUGGUGCCCACAACACACUCAUUUCUGCAAGACGGUGCACCACUUUAAUACCCAGGGAAAGAGCACAUCCGUCACUAAAAAAUGUGCCACGAGGGAAGAAUGCCACGCUGUAGGGUGUCACCAUCGCUUGGAUUCAGGACACAUGGAAUGUGUGUCCUGCUGUGAUGGGAUGAUCUGCAACGUGGAGGUUCCAACGAAUCACACAAACGCUGUGUUUAGCGUCAUGAAGUCAUAUAGGAAAUCUGAUGCCUGUAGAACUGCCUCUUACUCCAUCACAAUAGCUUCAGCCCUAUUAUUGCUCCUUCAACUUCAGCCAUGAAGCAUAUAUGGAUAUUCAUGGGGAUUGAGUAGACUUUAUGAAACCCUGCUUUCUGUGAAUUUAUAUACUUGAAGAGUGACAUAGCCAAGGAAGAAGCAGCAAAGUUGGAAGUUGGUCUGUGCAAGUGGAUCAAAUGACUAUGGCUGGAAAUAGUGGCCCACUCCUACAACUGCAAUGCAAUUUAAGACCAAUUUGACUUUAAUAAGGUGGAAGAAACAGCUUCUGAAUUAAUGGGAUGAAAGAAAAACGAAUCGCCUGUAUGAAUGUACAGCAGCACAAACACACUAAUUAGUACGUUAAACCCAUUAUGGAUAAACCAGUAAUGUAUUUAGAAACAAAUACAGACUUUGCAGACUUUUCCUGGUGGGUUAAAGAAGGAAAUAGGAGAUUCUUCAUUGGAAAAUUCAUUGAAAAUGACUGGCUGUUGAGCAAGAAUAAGACCACCCCAGUUGGCUGUGGCCAUGGUAGCCCCUAGUAAUAAGGCUACUUGUAUGAUUGAAGAUUUAUAGUUAAAUAUAAACCCUAAUUAUGCACUUAGGGGGAACACUGGAAAUUGCUGUGUUUUUUACUAACAAAGAUUGUAUCGAUGCAGAACCUUAAAGGGGAGAUAUACCUUACAUGGCAAUGUUUCUGCCAACUGAUGCAAAAGGAUUCUCCAGUGUAAAUACUGGCUGCUUUAUUCACAUUUGACUCUGUUCUUAGUUGCAUACAAAUGUCACCAUCAUUUUAGAGAAGGUGUACUUUACCUUUAAUAAAGGUUUAGUGUAAUAUUUUGUUUUACACUAUACUAAGUGAAA